CACAUCUACGGAAUAUGAGGUCGUAUUUUAACAGCAAGUUUGGAAGCAGGACAGACGGCUCUUACCACAAGAUGAAUAAUAACUCAAACUCAAGUAUUUUUUGUUGAGGUCACAGGCUAAAAUGACUCACUGCACUCUUUUCUUAAUUCUUAUCUUCGUUAGUGAUGUGAGAGCAUCUGUAAAAGAUGAAGUGGAGACCGUAGAAGUUACAGAGGGAGUGAAUGUAACUCUGAGGACUAAUCUGACUGGAAUAAAGAGUGAUGAUAUGAUACGGUGGACGUUUGGAACUACAGACACUCGUAUAGCACAACUAGUUAACAGUGGCACUGUCAGUUUUUAUAAUGGGAUAUUCACAAACAGACUGAAUCUGGACAAACAGACGGGAUCUCUGACCAUCAGCGACAUCAGCUUUAUACACUCUGGAGUUUAUAAACAACAGCUCAUCAGUGAACAGGUCUCAGACAAGCAUUUCAGUGUCACUGUGUAUGGAACAUUACCUAUGCCCACAAUUACAUCUGCAGCAUUAAAUCCAAGAUGUUCUGUGGUGUGUUCUGUGAGGAAUGUGGGUAAAAUGACCCUCUCCUGGUUCAGAGGCAGCCAACUACUCUCCAACAUCAGUGAUCCUGAUAACAGUACCCUCAUGUUACCUCUGGAUAUUGAACACUGUGAUAGGAAUAGCUACAGCUGUGUGGCAGCCAAUCCCAUCAGCAUCCGGACAGUACAACUCAAUACAUCCAUUUACUGUUGUUACACAGACUGUAUAGACAGAGGGUCUAUAAACGUCCUCAGCAUUGUCGUCUGUCAUGCUGUGCUUAUUGCGACUGUGUUACUUUUGGCACUAUAUCUGCUCAUACAGAAGCUCCAAAAUAAAGGUCUGGCAGUCACUGAACUGAUAAUGGCAGACAAUUACAUGAAGACUGUAUACAGUCCCCAGACAGAAGGCCUCUCUCAGGAAGAACCAAUGAAGAACCUUGACUGUACUCUAUCCAUUGUGACUUACUACUCAGGCUUGGCACAUGGAGGGAGAGAAAAAUAUACAAAGAAAAGCCUGACAUUCCACAGUAUCAUGAAAAGGAGGGAGCAAAUGUGGAUGGAUUCUUCGUUUAUUGACUGCUUCUCUAGGAUCCAUUUCUUUCUCCUGCUUCAUCUUGUCGUCGUUAAUGAUGUGAAAGCAUCUGUAAAGGAUGAAGUGGAGACCGUAGAAGUUACAGAGGGAGUGAAUGUAACUCUUAGGACUAAUCUGACUGGAAUAAAGAGUGAUGAUAUGAUACGGUGGACGUUUGGAACUACAGACACUCGUAUAGCACAACUAGUAAACAGUGGCACUGUCAAUUUUUAUAAUGGGAUAUUCACAAACAGACUGAAUCUGGACAAACAGACUGGAUCUCUGACCAUCAGCAACAUCAGCUUUAUACACUCUGGAGUUUAUAAACAACAGCUCAUCAGUGAACAGGUCUCAGACAAACAUUUCAGUGUCACUGUGUAUGCUACAUUGCCUGUGCCUUACAUUAUAUAUGAAUCUCAACAAAACCACUCACAAUCCAAAAGCUUAUCAAGUCCAAGAUGUUCUGUGGUGUGUUCUGUGAGGAACGUGGGUAAAAUGACCCUCUCCUGGUUCAGAGGCAGCCAACUACUCUCCAACAUCAGUGAUCCUGAUAACAGUACCCUCAUGUUACCUCUGGAUAUUGAACACUGUGAUAGGAAUACCUACAUCUGUGUGGCAGCCAAUCCCAUCAGCAUCCAGACAGUACAACUCAAUACAACCUGCUCCUGCUUUCCCACAGGAGGUAAUCGAGUUCUAUGGUGGCUGAUACCUGUACUGAUACUACUGCUACUGGCAUUGGUUGCUGCGUACCUGCUAUACAGAAACAAAAUUAUCCCUAAAAACAGAGAAGAAGUUCAGAGUCCUGAAGAAGAAGUACAUUAUGCUGAAACAAUGUUUUAUGCAAAAAGAGUACAAAACAUGAAACCUGAGGGGCCAGAAGACACAGUCUACUCAAGGCAGCUGUCGACUGUCCUCCGGGAUGAAACUCGGCAGGAUGUGAGAGCGGCUGGACAGGAUAAAGUGGAGACCAUAGAAGUAAAAGAGGGAGUAAAUGUAACUCUGAGGACUAAUCUGACUGGUAUAAAGAGUGAUGAUAUGAUACGGUGGAUGUUUGGAGACACUCGUAUAGCACAGCUAGUUAACACAGACAGUGUCAGUUUUUAUAAUGGGACAUUUAAUGGGACAUUCAAAAACAGACUGAAGAUGGACAAAAAGACUGGAUCUCUGACCAUUAGCAACAUCAGAACAACUGACUCUGGAGAUUAUGAACAACAGCUCAUGAGUGAAAAGACAUCAACGAAGCAAUUCAGAGUCACCGUGUAUGCUCCAGUGCCUGUACCCACCCUUAAAUAUGGGUUUCGACAAAACCAGUCAGGAUCCAAAAUGCCAUCAAAUCCAAAUUGUUCUAUGGUGUGUUCAGUGAGGAAUGCGUUUAAGGUGACUCUCUCCUGGUUCAGAGGCAGCCAACUACUCUCCAACGUCAGUGAUUCCUCUAACAGCACCCUCUCUCUACCUCUGGAAAUUAAACAUGGUGAUAACGACACCUACAUCUGUGUGGCAGCCAAUCCCAUCAGCAACCAGACAGUACCAGUCAAGAGAACCUGCACACAGAACUCUUCUACCAUAGGUACAACACAUACAUGA